UAACGCUCAUUCAUUGAUAAUGCUAUGAGUGCGUUGCCUCCUUCUGAAACAGAAAGUGUAGUUAAAAUGCGCCUAAUCGGUUUUCGACUGGGUAUGCCUGUUGUCAUGAAUAAAUACAAACAGCAGCUAUCUAUUUGAAUAUUCCCAGCGGCUGUUAGCACUGGAAUUUAAUCCGUAAUAAUUUUGUUCAUAAACUGAGUAGCGUCACUAAACAGAAACGGCAUGAAGAAGUCAAACAGAAGCUGGGCAUGGUUAGUAGUUUUUGCUGCCUGUCUCAUCAAUUUAAUCAUGGCAGGACUAGGAAGAAUGGGUGGCAUUCUGUAUGUCGCUUUCAUCGACACUUUCCAUGUGGACAGGAAAACAGCUUCCGCUCCCUUCAGCAUUCGGGCUGGGACCAGGUAUUUAUUAGGUCCUGUCGUUGGUAUUUUGGGCCAGAAAUACGGCGUGCGGGCAGUAACUCUUUUUGGAGGAAUAAUCGGCACCAUCAGUGCGGCUGGUUGCUUUUUUGUUCAAGAUAUUGUCUGGGUGACUGUUCUUUGGGGCGGCAUUAAUGGUCUUGCAACUGCACUUUCGGUCACACUUCUUCAGGUUGUGAUAGCCCAGUAUUUCGAAAAAGACACUGCUACAGCUGCAGGAAUAGUAUUUUCAGGCACAUGCGUAGGAUCAUUUCUUUUCCCAGUAUUUAUAGAUCUACUUCUUUUAUAUUAUGGUCUUGACGGCACGUUCCUUAUCAUUGCUGCCAUUGCAAUGCAUGUCAUUCCAGCUGCAAUGUUCCUCAGUGAACCUUCAUGGCUUAAUGAUAGGAAUAAACAAAUGAAAAGACUUAGUGAUGAGGAAGAAAUCGUAGCAUAUGAGUAUAAUUUAAAUAAAAGAGAAUGCCCACUUCAUGUGAAGGAUGUUAAAGAUAAAGCCAGUGGUAAUACUAUUUGCAUGCCCGGAAAACAAUUUAAUGAUUCUAUAGGAAGAGAAUCAGAAUACUUAGAAAAUUACAUUGAUUUUCUUUAUUUGAGGAAAAAUAAAGAACUGGUACUUCAGUUAUUCACAAUGAAUAAUUUAUCAGAAAAUAUGUUACAUAAUGCUUCUGAAAAGGAGAAACAAAUUACAUUGACACAAGAUGAAAACUCUCUUCUGAAAGGUAGUGAAUUUCUUGAAUUUAAUGAUGAAGUGAUGCAAAAUAAGCAUGGAAUUUUUCUCGAUUUGAUGAAUUUCCUAAACGAAGAUUUGAUAAAUCACUUUAAUACAGUGUCCAAAGAUGAGAAAUCAUAUGAUAAAGAUCAACUGCUAAAAACACCCUCGGAAGUAAAUAAUACCAAACAAUUUAUCAAAUGUAAACCUCAGUUGGAUUCGAAAAUUACAUAUGUUUAUGAGGAACUCCCGUAUAGCAAAUUUUUUUUUAAUCUGGAACAGUUGCAAGGUUAUGGUGAUAGCCAAAUAAUUUCCUUUUUCCCACAGCAUAGUCCUUUUCAGGUUUUGAAAAUAAUUACAGAAAUUCGGAAGAUUCAUGCAUUAUGUAAUAAACUUCGAUGUUUCGAACCAGAUGAAGAAACCAUCUCCCAAGAAAAAUCAACAAAACUGGAAAACAGCGGAAUAAAUAUUCAGAACCAACAUAUUAUCAAACCAGUUAAUUCUUUUCGGGUUCACAUCAAAGCUGCGUUUCAGCUGCACUUGAAUCCACUUUUCUUAUUAAUUUGUGUGUGUAGAAUUGUUUAUUUCAUUACUAUAACUUGCGCGGUUACAGUAACAGUCGAUUUUGUCAUCGAUCAAGGUUUAUUGGAAGACGAUGGAAAAUAUGUUAUUGCCGCCUUUUCUGCAGGUGAUUUCAUAGGACGAUUAUGCUUGGGAUGGAUUACGGAUCGGAAUUAUAUGAGUUUAGAUAAAUAUAUGUUGGUUAUUAUGAUCCUCCAAGGUGUAUGCACAAUCUCACUACCAAUAAUGCAUACUAGAUAUUCGUUAUUUCCAACAAUAGUAAUAUUUGGAAUAUUUAUGGGUUCUGAAUUUGUACAGAAUCCUGUUUUAGUAAAUAAAUAUAUAGACAGUAGCAAACAGUCUAUUGCCAUGGGGUGCAAUAAUUUUUUCCCUGGUUUCUUAGGAUUCGUUCUUCCAAGUUAUAUUGGUUAUUUCAGGGAUACAGUUGGAGCUUAUAACGGAAUUUUCUACAUUAACGGUGUUUUAUCAAUUGCUGCAGGAUUACUUUGGAUUUUAAAACCCAAAUUCGAUCAAUGCUUGUCAUCAGGAAGUGCUAAGGAAAAUGCUGCCUCAGAAAUUAUGUGAAUUCACUAUAGAAAAUAUUUUGUAUUUAGUAAUUAAUUCUAUUCGGCUGAGAUUACUAUAAAGAAUUACAUAUUUGUUUCUCAUCUAAAAUCGAGUGGAAAUAAUUUCUCAACCAGUUUCACAGGAUCACUAUAGACGACAAAUGUUUCUUUAAUGAAAUGCGUUUUUUCUUUUUUUACUUUCUUUGAGCAUAUUAUUAAUGAAUGUUUAUGCGGCUAUAAUAAUUCUUCAUUCUUAAACCCAAUUCUUGAUUAUUUAUGGUUAUUUUUUAAUUUUUCGACUGCACCUUUAAAUGUUUUGUUACCAGUCCCAAGUACUCUCUACAUUUCUCUCAAGAAAACACGCUUUUUAGCCUAGGAAAUACCAUUUACAACUUGUUAUUAUCUUCAUUUUCCAUGAAAAUGUUGAGCCAUUAUAUCUCAAAGUAAGAGUUAUUCAUCUCCUGUAUAAAUAACUGAUAAUUGCAUAAAAUGUUUCACAAAAUGCAUAAUUUUUAUUUAUCAGUCAGCAUGACAUGAUCAUUCUAGUUGCGAAUAUGCUGUAAUAUUAAAGAUAUUAUGCUUUUAAAAUAUAACUGAAACCUUUUUAAUUGAAUCAACACCAGUCAACAUGUGUUGUUCAACUAGAAUUCGAAUUUUUAAAGUCCAAACAACGUCCGGAGGUUGUUGUUUGGACUUUAAAAAUCAACAGUGUAUAACAAUAAAAAACAACAAUAAAAUC